ACACACACAAAUACAUUGUUCUUGGUGUCCUUCUGUCUCUCACAUGCAGAGAUCUAGAUCUCAGAGUGUGAAAAGAGAAAUGGCCAGUGUGAGGGUCCAUGCUGCUUUACCUGAUCCUCCCAGUCAAAGUGAAGAGGACAACAAAGAAGAGGAGAAAGCUUUUGGAAAUAUUUUAACAGAAUUAGAAUCUGUGGACCUGCCCCUUGGAACUACCUUAAGGUUCACUAGAUGGAGCUGUUACUCCAGGUGAAAUGAAUGGUGAUGUCAGUAGUGUAUGCCAUGAGGUCCCAGAACCUAUCAACUGGGAAUCAGCAUACAACAUUUCCUCACCUGUCUUAUAUCAGAGGUCUAUAUACGAUGACCAGCCCAAUGCCCACAAGCGCUUCAUGGAAAAGUUGGAUGCCAGGAUAAGGAACCAUGAUCGCGAGAUUGAGAAGAUGUGCAAUUUCCACCACCAAGGUUUUGUGGAUGCCAUCACAGAGCUCCUCAAAGUCCGCAUUGAUGCAGAGAAACUGAUGGGUCAAGUAACAGACACUAAUCGAAGACUACAAGAAGCUGGGAGGGAGGUGACAGCUCAGACAGAGGAGGUGAUCUGCUGUCGGAUCCAACAGAGGAACAUGGCCACUACUGUCGAGAAGCUCCAGCUCUGUAUACCAGUGCUAGAAAUGUACAGCAAACUAAAGGAGCAGCUAGAAUCCAAAAGAUACUAUGCUGCAUUGAAAACCAUGGAGCAGCUGGAGAAGGUCUACAUCCCCAGGGUCAGUCAGUACAGGUUCUGUCAGAUCAUGGCUGAAAACUUACCCAGACUGAGAGAGGAGAUCAAGGAGAUCUCUAUGUCAGACCUCAAGGAUUUCCUGGAGAGCAUUAGAAAACACUCUGACAAGGUUGGAGAGACUGCCAUGAGACAGGCACAGCAGCACAGGACCUUUAACAGUGCCAUAGCAAAGCAGGCCAGCAUGGGCCACUACACCAAGCCUGUGUACUCUCUCAAUGGACGAACACACACUCACAACGGCCUGAUGAUAGAUGACAACACAGGAGACGAGGACGAAGCAGAUGAAGAGAUUCUUACAGCUCAGGAUCUGGUGGACUUCUCACCUGUCUACAGAUGUUUACACAUUUACACUGUGCUGGGUGACCGAGAAACAUUUGAGAGCUACUACAGGAAACAGAGGAAAAAACAAGCCAGGCUAGUGCUGCAGCCACAGGCUAACAUGCAUGAGACAGUGGAAGGCUACAGGAAAUACUUCAAUCAGAUUGUGGGGUUUUUUGUUGUGGAGGAUCAUAUCCUCAACGCCACACAGGGGCUGGUGACCAGAGCUUUCACUGAUGAACUGUGGAACAUGGCCCUGUCCAAGAUCAUCGCUGUGCUCCGCACACACUCUUCUUACUGUGAUGACCCAGACCUGGUCUUGGAGCUGAAGAACCUCAUAGUCAUCUUCGCUGACACACUACAGGAUUAUGGUUUCCCAGUGAACCGGCUGUUUGACCUGCUUUUUGAGGUCAGAGACCAGUACAAUGAAACUUUGCUGAAGAAGUGGGCUCUGGUUUUCAGGGAGAUCUUUGAGCUGGAUAACUACAGUCCCAUCCCAGUGGAGACAGAGGAUGAGUAUAAACUGGUGGUCAGUCGCUUUCCCUUCCACGAUGCUGAAAUAGAAAAGCAGGACUUUCCUAAGAAGCUGCCAAUGUCCCAGUCUGUCCCUCAGAUAUACACACAGGUCAAAGAGUUCAUUUACGCCAGCCUCAAGUUCUCAGAGUCACUGCACCGCAGUUCAACAGAGAUUGACGACAUGCUGCGAAAAUCAACCAACCUACUGCUGACAAGAACACUCAGCAGCUGUCUGCAAAACCUCAUCAAGAAACCUCACAUAGGACUUACUGAGCUAGUGCAGAUCAUCAUUAACACCACCCACCUGGAGCAGGCCUGCAGGUACUUGGAGGAGUUUAUAACAAACAUCACCAAUGUCUCCCCUGAAACGGUUCACACCACAAGACUCUAUGGCUUGUCCACAUUCAAGGAUGCUCGCCAUGCUGCAGAGGGAGAGAUUUAUACCAAACUCAACCAGAAGAUUGAUGAGUUUAUCCAGCUUGCAGACUAUGAAUGGGGCAUGGCUGAGUCAGACGGCCGUGCCUCUGGAUACCUCAUGGACCUGAUCAACUUCUUGCGUUCCACCUUCCAGGUCUUCACACACCUCCCGAAUAACAACAAUGACCAUGCAUCGAUGUCGGGUAAAGUGGCCCAGACAGCUUGUAUGUCAGCCUGCAAGCAUCUGUCCACAUCACUGAUGCAAAUGCUGCUGGACACGGAACUCAAACAGAUCAGUAUGGGGGCCAUCCAGCAGUUCAACUUAGAUGUAAUUCAGUGUGAAUUGUUUGCCAGCUCAGAGCCCGUCCCUGGUUUCCAAGGAGACACACUCCAGCUGGCCUUUAUUGACCUACGGCAGCUCCUGGACCUGUUCAUGGUGUGGGACUGGUCAACUUAUCUGGCAGAUUAUGGCCAGCCAACGUCCAAAUACCUGAGAGUGAAUCCAGCCACUGCCCUGGCUCUACUUGAGAAGAUGAAGGACACCAGUAAGAAAAACAACAUCUUCUCUCAGUUCAGGAAGAAUGACAGGGACAAACAGAAGCUGAUAGAGACUGUGGUCAAACAGCUGAGGAGUCUGGUCAAUGGCAUGUCCUCGUAAACACACACACACACACACUGACUACAAACAGGAGUGACACGGAUAAAAUGAAUGAAAUAUCCAUGCAGUCACUCACACACACACAUACACAUAUACACACACACAGAACUGCCAGGACCUUUUCAUAUGAAGAAAUGAAAUUAUAACACACAACAUGUCAGUGGCAUACAGAAGAACCACACAGGGAAUUUACACAAACAUACACACACACAAAGGAACAGAUAGACAGGAAACAUACACACAUCAUAUUAUAGCACAGCAAUACACACACUGUACAAGGCAUGCAGGGAACUGACUCCUAGCAAAUACAGCACACAUACAUGAAGUGAUAUCCUCUCUUUGCUGUUAAACCUGACUGAAUAUUCAGUGUAAAUAACACACACACACACACACAUAUACUUUCCAGUCCAGUUUACUGGACUAAACAGAAAAAUGUUUGUAAAGAAUUUUUAAUGGCUACGAUAAGACAAACUAUGUUUGUACAUUUGUGAGAGUGCAAUGAUUGUAGCUGCAGAGACAGACUUCAGGGAGGCAUCACAGGAAGUGGCACUCACAGUACUGGGACAAUGAAUUUACAGGUCAACUUCUGAACCGCAUGUGAUUGAGAUGAGCUGUUUAACAUAUAUUAUACAUUCAACAUGAUAACACUUCAGCUGAAAUGAGAUUACAGAACUUCCAUUCUUCAUCAACAGGAUGAAGACAGGAUGUCUUUUCUUGUGUUUCAUUUGGAAGAAUAACAAAAAUAAUCGUUCAUCUAGAGUGAUGACGGUAUUAGUGAUCUGCUGACCAAGCUGUUUUGUUAAAAUAAACAAACUAUUUCUAGUUCAGUCACAUGGACGUCUUAUAGAUUUAAUGACAUUAUGCUCAAUUAAAGGUAAAACAUCAGGCCAUAUCUCAAUGAAAGUGUAAUGUACAAACAAUAAAUAGCAUCUUUUUCCCUGUCAUAUCAUUUUCUGGUGUGAUCAGACUCAUAAGCUGGUUUCUCCACUCCUUUGGUUUUAACUUGACCCUGGUAACCAGUAUAGCAGAUUCUGUUGAAUAACCCUUAUCUCAGAUGGGUACUCUGUGAAAGCUUCUCAUUGUCCACCCUUAGUUUUCACCAUCUGUCUACUCCCACAGAAUUAUGGGCAUGGAACUGUAUCCAUUGAUAGCUCUGACAAAGACCAAGUUAAACUCAAUGUCCCAAUACUUCAGCUGUUGUUACUGUGUAUGUGUGUAUGUGCAGAAACAGAGUGAUGCUGAGAAGAAUGGAUGAUGACGUCUUGAAAGACUGAUGUCCAUGAAAAAAGUGUUUUGUCAGUUUUGUCAGACUCCUUGGUAGCUUUGCUUGCUGUCUGUCUUCAUUUUUUUCUCCUCACAUUGUACAUUUAAAUCAACCCUCUGAGACAGAGACUUGCAGUUGGUGGUAAUCACAGUUUUAACUGAGUUUUUUUUUAUUUUUUAAAUUAUGUGGUCCAGUAUUUACCAAAUAACACAAUCCAUCACAACGCCACACAGAUUCAUGCAGACAUAGGUUCGGUCAUUGCAGGGUGUUGUACUGAGCCCAUACAGCAGCAUCACUACAGGAGACUGGAGGACCCAAGUUAGAGUCACAUGAGUGAUAGGGUCAGCCAAGCCAGUUCUAGUGCUGGGAAGCCUUUCCACUGGCUCUGAUUACCUUCUUAAACUCCAGUUAUACUUUUUUCUCAUCAUGAUAUCAAUUUGAUCAUUUAACCAUGUCUUCAAGGGUCCUGGCUGAAAUGUCUGACUGUAAAUGAGAAAUCACAGGGCUAGCCUCCCUGCCAGCAAAGCUACUGUUGGCAGAUAGCGCAUGUUAAAAAAAAACUAAUAAUUUGGUCUGUGACUUUUGGAUGUUUACAAUCGACAUCUGUCCAUCUAUGAUUUACAGAGACAAUGCUUGUCAGAGCUUUUCUUGCACUUCAUUUGGCGAGUGUGGCUCUUCCUCUUCUGUGUGCGGAUGCAUAUGCAGAGACAUGCUUGAAACAGGAAAUGGGUAGAAAAAUGCAAACCUAUAUGAUCUUUUAAUUUAUGCAUUCUUUUUUUUUGCUUUUCUUGGGAGGACGGAAGGUCCAUUUGGCGCGGCCCUGCCAAAACAAUGGUGGGGGAAACACUGCAAGACAUCAGCUUGUUUUCCUUCCUUUUAUUCAUAGCAGCCAGAGCAGUGUUUGGCCGCAAAGUGGGAGUCAAGGAUUCAGGUGGUUUCAUGUGAAAGGUGACAUCAGUGCAUGCCCUCCUCCUUUUCCCUCUAUAUAUCCUGUCUGUUGUAGGGUUAAGGACAUUAUUUAUGUGAAGUUAACUGCAGUUUUUUCUUGCUGUCCACCCAAACUAAUGUUAUUAGUAAUUAUAUAUACAUAUAUAUUGAAAAACUGACCUUCCAUUCUAAAUUCUUUCUUUUUGUUCCUCAGGGUGAAAUUAAGCUUUAGAAUCUCAUAACCCUCAUAUAUCCAGAAAGCACAGCAAUAAGAAAUUGGUUCCUGUACAGCCUCACAGGCACGUUGAUUGAUUACUUAAAACUUGCACAGGACAAAAACAUUUUAUAAUGAGACUGUUUCUAUUCUGUUUCUGUUUUGGAUCUGUGCUCUACCUUUAGUGGGCAUUUUGCACUGAAGCUGAUUUUUUUUUUCUUUUAGAUUCAUUUUUGUCUUUUUAAAUAGUUGCCUGUAAAUGCCAAUGUAUAUACUGCAUAUUUUGUAAAGAAAAUAUUACAGCAGUUAGUCUGCUACAGACAGAAUUGGAGGUUGACACUGUGAUAUGCGCCUCCAUCAACACCUAAAGUAAAUAUGUAAUUAGAAAGA